AUGGUGACACCACGGGGAACAGCCCCAGGAAGAGAAGGAGUCCAGACAGCGAGAGUGGGAACGAGGGAGGUGGAUUCCAUCCUGCCUGCGCAGGAAGCAGAUGCAGGGGACGAGGCUAUGAGUCGUCCCGUGAGCGCUGAGGACGGGAGCGUCUUCCCGAGCCUGUCCGCGGAGACCUGGCUGCUCCCGGCUGCUGCUCAUCUACGAAGGCAGGCGCCCAUCCUGGUCAUCCUGGAUCCUGUCCUCAUCAAGUCUGUCCUGGAGAAGGAGUUUUACACCCUUUUUACCACCCAGAGGAACUUGGGUUUAAAUGGAAGUUUGGAAUCCAGCCUCAUCAUCACCGAGGAUGACAAGUGCAAACGGCUCAGAACCAUCAUCUCCUGGAUCUUCAGCAGCGGAAAGCUCAAGGAGAUGUUUCUACUACUCAAACGCCAUGGAGACCUUCUGGUGCAAAACACUGAGAAGAAAGUGGCUCAGAAUGAGUUCAUGGAAGUGAAGGAAGAAAGUAUGGCCAUCGGGGAGGAGAGGGGUCUUUACGGCGUCGGGAAUUCGAUGCAAUUCUGUUUUUGCCUCCAAACUUUGACUGACAUGGAUAUUUCUGCACAAGCUGUUACCUUUAUUUUUGCUGGCUAUGAGACCACAAGCUCGACCCUCAACUUCAUAGCUUAUAACCUGGCCACUCAUCCAGAGAUGCAAGAGAAAUUUCAAGAGGAGGGAGACAGUGCCUUGCCUAACAACGUGAAGCGCCCCACCUACCAGGUCUUCCUCCAGAUGGAGUCCCUAGACAUGCUGGUGAACGAGUCCAGGAUCUGCCCCCGAGGAGGACAUGUGGAGAGGGUCUGUAAGAAAACCACAGAGUUCAAUGGGGUGAACAUCCCCAGGGGGACUCCGGUGAUGAUCGCCAUCUAUGUUCUGCACCGUGAUCCUGAGCACUGGCCAGAGCCCAAGGAGUUCCAUCCUGAAAGGUUCAGGAAAGAAAACAGAGAGCUGCUGGACCCCUGCGUGCUCUGCCCCUUUGGCUCUGGGCCUUGGCACUGCACUGGGGUGACGUUUGCCCUGCUCUCUGUGAAGUCAUCUCUGGUCAUGCUCAUGCAGAGCUCCAUGGAGACUUGCAAAGAGACCCCGAUCCCCUUGGAAUUGGAAAACAGGGGUUUCAUACUGCCCAAGAAACCCAUUUUUCUGACGCCCAGAGUGAGAGCUGAGUCCCGGGAGUAA